AUGUCAGCCUGCUGCUGCUGUGACAUUUUCCAGUAUGAGACAAACAAAGUCACCCGGAUCCACAGUGUGAAUUACGGCACCAUUAAGUGGAUCUUCCACAUGGUUGUCUUUUCCUAUGUUAGCUAUGCUUUGAUGAGUGACAAGCUGUACCAACAAAAGGAGUCUGUGAUCAGCUCUGUGCACACCAAAGUAAAGGGGAUAGCAGAGGUGAGAGAGGAGAUUAUGGAGAACGGAAAGAAGAAAAUAGUAUGGAACAUCUUUGACACCGCAGAUUACACCUUCCCUUUGCAGGGAAACUCCUUCUUUGUGAUGACAAAUUUUCUCAAGACAGAAGGCCAAGUUCAGGGGGUUUGUCCUGAGUACCCCACCUCCAGAACACUCUGUGCCAAUGACCGGGGUUGUAAAAAAGGAUGGAUGGACCCACAGAGCAAAGGGGUCCAGACUGGAAAGUGUGUUCAUUAUAAAGGGAACCAGAAGACCUGUGAAGUCUUGGCCUGGUGCCCCACUGAGGCAGUGGAAGAAGCCCCCCGGCCUGCCCUCUUGAACGGUGCGGAGAACUUCACUGUGCUCAUCAAGAACAAUAUUGACUUCCCUGGCCACAAUUACACCACGAGAAACAUCUUGCCAGGUUUCAACAUCAGUUGCACAUUUCACAAGACUAAGAAUCCACAGUGUCCCAUUUUCCGACUAGGAGAUAUCUUCCAAGAAACAGGAGAUAACUUUUCAGAUGUGGCAAUUAAGGGUGGAAUUAUGGGUAUUGAGAUCUACUGGGACUGCAAUCUGGACAGAUGGUUCCAUCGCUGCCGACCAAAGUAUAGUUUCCGUCGUCUUGAUGACAAGACCACCAAUGAGUCCCUGUAUCCCGGUUACAACUUCAGGUAUGCCAAGUACUAUAAAGAGUCAAAUAUUGAAAAACGGACUCUCCUAAAAGUCUUCGGGAUUCGUUUUGACAUCCUGGUAUUUGGCACCGGAGGAAAAUUUGACAUUAUCCAGUUGAUUGUGUACAUCGGCUCAACCCUCUCCUACUUUGGCUUGGCCACCUUCUUCAUUGACUUUCUCAUCAACCAAUUCUCCAGCGCAUACUGUCGGUCACGUGUUUACCCCUGCUGCAGGUGCUGUGAGCCAUGCAGCGUGAAUGAGUACUAUUACAGGAAGAAGUGUGAGGUUGUUGUGGAGCCCACGUGGACAUUAAAGUUCGUGUCAUUUGUGGAUGAACCUUACAUUAGGAAGGUGGACCAGCAGCUGCUUGGGAAAAGCCUGCAGGAUGUCCAGGGUAAAACUGUCCCAAGACCCACAAUGGACUUCAUAGACCUGUCCAAGCUGCCUCUGCGUGACCGGGCCCCAAAUCCGGGACAACUAGGGGAAAUGCAGCCGCUUAGUGAACAGGUGGCAGCUGGGUCCAAGGCCAGCCCGAGCUGGUGCCAGUGCGGAAACUGCCUCCCAUCCCAGCUCUCUGACCCAACUUCCAGGUGCUUGGAAGAGCUGUGCUGCCGGAAGAAGCCAGGUACCUGCAUCACCACCUCAGACCCAUUCCAGAAGCUCGUCCUGUCCAGACGCACCCUGCAGUUCCUCCUGGUCUACCAAGAGCCCUUGCUGGAACUGGAUCCGGAGGGCACCAACAGCCGGCUGCGGCACUCUGCCUACCGGUGCUAUACCACCUGGCGCUUUGGCUCCCAAGACAUGGCUGACUUUGCCAUUGUGCCCAGCUGCUGCCGCUGGAAGAUCCGGAAAGAGUUUCCCAAGAGUGAAGGCCAGUACAGUGGCUUCAAGAGACCUUACUGA